GGCACGGUGAGGUUGACACAAUGGCCGGUAUAAUUUUCAUCUCUGUAACGGCAGGGAUAUUGGCUUGGAGUUCUGCAGACACCUCGUGUGCCCGAGACAGACUGGGCAACUACUGGUUCGGACCGUCCUGUAGAUUCCAGUGUCACUGCUUCGACAGAAGACAGUGUGACAUCACAACAGGGAGAUGUUUUUCGUUCGGAUGUGACGAGGGUUACUUUGGUCCCGGCUGCCAGUACUUCUCAAUUGCCUACAAGCAACAAACACAGUCCAGUACUUCGUCUACAGCUGUCGACGGUUAUACGUCGACCUACUCGUUUACACAAUCUACCCUGAACCCCACAUGGAGCGUGGAGUUCCAACACCCUGCCUGGAUAGUCUGGGUUGAUGUCCUUGUGCCUGCGAAAUUUGGAACGCGGGCAAUAGCAAUGACAACAACAAACAUAAACACGACCAUGCCGUGUGACGCUACGAACGCUUGGAUCACGACUACGACGUUGAGGAUGACGUGUAGGAACGUCGUUAACGCCACGUCCAUCACACUUGUCGGCACAAACACGACGGAGUCCAGACUGGGGUUGACUGAAGUGUACGUUUACGGGGGCAGAAACAUCGCACUACGGGGAGACACGUCACAAUCUUCAGUAUAUGAUAUUUAUAAUUCGUCUCUUGCGGUGGACGCCGGCAUGUCUACCAGAUUCCAAGAUAGAUCGUGUACCCACACGGCCAUUACAACAGACCCUAACUGGCUGGUGCGGCUUGGACAGGACUACCAGAUAUACAGAGUAGACGUGUACAAUAGGGGAACAGGUGGAGAGCGCCUCAAUAACUUUCGCAUCCGUUUGGGGAAAGCUGGCAUAAGUGGAUUAAAACAGGUGUACCAAGACACGGCAGGCACAGCGGCGGAAGUGACGUCAGUGCAGAUGCCAGCCAGUCGAACGGCCGACAGACUUGAGGUGACCUUGAGAGGAGACUCCAAGAUAUUGACGCUAUGCGAGGUGCAGGUGUUCGGGGACUGCCUCGACUACAAAUAUGGCUUAGCAUGCAACUUCACCUGUAGUUGUCGUGAUCGGGCGGAAGUGUGCAACAAGGUCGACGGAAGUUGCUUGUCAGGCUGCGCAGAUGGUUUUACUGGAGUGGACUGUAAACAAGAAUGCCCAGGAGGAAGGUACGGCUUGAACUGCAGCAACAACUGCAGCAGCAACUGUGUCGAUGGUCACUGUCUCCACGUGGAUGGCACGUGCAAGUGUGUGCCCGGAUGGAUGGGAGAUAGAUGCACAAUGGAUUGCCCCGACUACAAAUAUGGCUCAGCAUGCAACUUUACCUGCAGUUGUCGUGAUAGGGCGGAAGUAUGCAACAAGGUCGACGGAAGUUGCUUGUCAGGCUGCGCAGAUGGUUUUACUGGAGUGGACUGUAAACAAGAAUGUCCAGUAGGAAGCUACGGCAUGAACUGCAGCAAUAGCUGCAGCAGCAACUGUGUCAACGGUAGAUGCUUUCACGUUGACGGCACGUGUACGUGUUUACCCGGAUGGAUGGGAGAUAAAUGUACUAAAGACGACAGCAAUGCAGACGCGUUACAGCCCAGUAUAAACCCCGUCUUGGCUGGACUUGUUGGAUCGGGAAUAACCGCUGUGAUAGCAGUGCUUGUUGUAGUAGCGGUCUUUCUCGCCCAGAGACAUCGACGGAAAACACAAAGAACCCCGGAGCAGGUUAUAUAUCAUGAUAUCGUUGAUGAUGCGAAUGCGCAAAACACCGGAAGACUAGAGAGUCAGAGCGAGCCACGUGGAGUGUAUGACGUUCUUGACGUCACAUCACGUGACCCAGACGAAGGACUUGACAAACCCUACACGGAACUAACUGCCACACGGCCACCACGUGAAGGCGAGUCACGUGGGCAUUAUGACAUUCUUGACGUCACAACACGUGAUCAAGACGAGAGUCUUGAUAAGCCCUACACGGAACUAACUACCAAAAUGUUAUAUCAAAACAUUCCGAGAACUGGAAGAGAAGACCCACUUUAAUAUAAUAUGGUAAAAUAUCUCAAAACAGGACAUGAAUCAUGUUAUUUCAAAGUUCAGUUGCGUGUAUUUUGAUAAUAGUCCGCUAGUGUACAUGUUCUGGAAAAUAUUAUCAAACUAUGGAAAACUGUAAGGACCAACGUCGCGACCUCUUCUACCAACUUCCUUACUUCUUGGGCUACACACGUGCCUCAGGCAGUAUUUGGUUGGUCCAUUUCGAGUAUAAGCGCUCCAUGGAUGAGUACCAGCCCGUUUUUGUUGAAGUUGGGGAAGAAAUAUGGCAAAGAAAAUGUUAAAGUUAAUCAACACGCUAUGUAUAAAAUGUAAUUCAAUGACCUCCGAGAGACCAUCUAAGUAUACUUACGUAUUCAUGCGUACGAAGCACAGUAUAUACCACGGUCAUGUGAUGUUUGCCAAACGUACGGAUUACUAAUGUUGUUGUUACCCUGCCUGGCGCUCGGCAUUAAAGGGUUAAAACAAGAAUUGGUCGGCUCGGAGUCAGUGUACUGAGUGGGGUAUCAAUGUUAAACUGUGGCAUGGCAUCUCAGUGGG